AUGACGCGCUCGGCGUCGAACGCGUCGACGUCCGCGGCGGUGGCGCGUCGUUCGCGAUGCCGCCCUGGAAGGACCCGUCGAGGGCGUCGAGCGACGACGCGAGCGGGCGAAGAAGACGAAGACGCUCGGGAGGAAACGUCGCGCGCACCCGCGUUCGGGCCGUCGAGCGUCGACGCGCGACGCGUGCGCGCAGAGUUGCUCGCGCGAUCGACGACGCAGAGUGGAUGGGACGAUGCGAGAGGGUUUUUAGCCAAGCGCGCGUCCACGGCGCUCGGGAAGGCGGCGUGCGAGACGCUCGAGCCGGAGGAGACGGCGCGCGCGGCGGAGCGUGCGCUGGACGAGACGGCGGCGGCGAUGGCGAUGGAGAGCGGCUUCGGGGUGUCCUUGGACUUUGGUGGCAUGCUCACGGCGGAGGUGAGGCGGGCGUUCUAUAAGACGCGACAAGGGUCGCCUCUGGGAGGGGACGAGCUCGCGGCGACGGCGGCAUUUUUGGAGAGCGCGAAACGCUUGAAGUCAUCCAUAGAGGGUGUCACGGUGAGCGGUGAGCUUCCACCGGCGCUGCAGCCACUACGUAGGAUCGUGAGAGACAUGUUGACCCACGGUGAGCUCGCGGAGACGAUUCGAGGGGCGGUGGACGAGACGGGGGAGUUUCGGGACAAUGCCAGCCCAGAGCUCCGGCGCGCUCGUUCGCAAAAAGGUGCGGCAGAAGGGAAGCUGAAGAAGGCAGUGCAGGGCAAGGGAACGCCGACGGUGCACCAAGGUCGUAUGGUGCUCGCCGUUGCGGCGCCGCCACCGCCGGAAGCGCUCGUCGUUGGCACUCUGAUGGGAGGCGCCAUGGUGCUCAUCGAGCCACCGGGCAUCGUGACGUUGAACAGAGAGUUGGCUCAAGCUGUAGACGCAGAAAAGAGCGCCAUAGACGCCAUCAAGCGCGAGCUCUCCAAUCAAAUCACGGUCGUCGUCGAUGAGUUGUUAGAGUGCAUGGACACGGUUGUGAAGUUGGAUGUCAUCGCGGCAAAGUGUCGGUACAGUCAGGCGCUCAACGGCGUUCGACCUGAGUUCUCAGCCUUCACCGAUGACAUGGAUGAGAUGGUGGACGAAAACGAAGAUGUAGAUGAGGCUAGGGUGGCUGUCGAAAUGACUUCCGAGCGAUCGUCACUACUACUGGAGCUUGUCGGAUUGAGGCAGCCAGUGCUGGCUUCACAGGCGUUCGAAGCAGCGGCGGCGAGACGACAAGCCGCCGCUGAAGCCACGUCGUCGAAUGGUCGAGCUACGCAGCCUAGCGGUUACAAAAUCGCCAGCAAAGGCGAUAUCAUGGCCGCCGCGGCGAGGGACGAUGACUUUGAUUACGACGAUGACUUUGCAGAGGACGAAGAGGAUACUGACGGCACGCCAAAACUCAGAGGGCCCGUUCCGGUUGAUAUUUUUGCUUCAAAGCGAACGAAAGUCGUAGUCAUUACCGGCCCGAACACCGGGGGUAAGACCGCAGCGAUGAAAGCCGUUGGACUCGUGGCGAUCAUGGCGAAGUCGGGUAUUUUCAUCCCUGCCGAGCGCGCUGUCGUUCCAUUCUUUGAUAAAGUCCUCGUCGACAUCGGCGAUGAUCAGAGUCUAUUGACGAGUCUCAGUACAUUCAGCGGUCGACUGACCCGCGCGCAAGCGAUUCUUGAGCAAUGCACGCCCGAAUCACUCGUACUCAUGGACGAAGUCGGCACGGGGACGUCACCGGCCGAGGGUGCGGCAAUAGGUUAUGCACUCCUCAAGGCACUCGCCGGCAUCGUUCCUGGUCAGCUCGGCGCAUGCCUGACAUUUGCAACGACGCAUCACGGACAGCUCAAGGCGCUCAAGUACGAACAUGAGGAGUUCGAAAAUGCCGCAGUAGAGUUCGAUGAGGCGGACCUGCGACCGACGUAUAAGUUAUUGUGGGGCGUUCCUGGGCGCUCGAGCGCGCUUCAAAUUGCGACGAGAUUCAAUCUGAGUGUAGACGUCAUCGAAGAGGCUCGGGAAGUUCUCGGUGAAGGACUCGUGAGCUUGGAUGACACGAUAUCUAAGCUUGAAACUGCGCGUCGUGACGCAGAUGCUGAUAUCGCGACGGCCAUUCGUUUAUUGGAUGAAAUCGACGCGACGUUGCCGAAGGUUGAUGAGGCGGUGAACUACAUUCAUUCGGCGCGCGAGUCGGCGGCGUAUGCUCAGGCGAGCACCGUGAUGGCGUUGAUGCGCGAAUCAAAGGCAAGGAUAGCAGAAGCUCAGAGAAAGGAAAAGCAGCAGAACGCUGCAGCGCCGUCUCAAAUAGCGGCCGCAGCGUCCGGUGAGACAGAUCGAGAGCGCAUCGCGCGAUUGGCGAGAGAAACCGCGGAACAAGCGAAAGCGGAACAGGAAGCCUUGUUGGCGAAUUGGGUCCCGUCUCCCGGCGAAGAGAUCAAAAUUAUCUCGACUGGUAUGAGCGGAAAGGUUGUAUCUAUCGAUGGGUCGACUAUCAUCGUUCAGGUCGGACUUAUGCAAGUAAAGGCAAAUCUGGACGACGUAUCACAGCAAUACGUGGCAAGCGCAGCUGCGCCAAAGAUGAGGAUAAAAAAGGUUCCCGGAGCAUCUCAGGCGGCGAGAAGAGUGGACGCCCUAAUUGCCACGUCCGCUCGAGUCAAUAAGCCGAAGCCCGUGACCACCCCUAAGAGCGCCUUCAGCGACUUUGAGCUCUCAGAUGAUGACAUGCGCGCGACGGUCGGUGAUAUUGUCGUCGUGAAGAAGUCAGGAUUCCGAGGAAAAGUCAUCGAUGAUGAAGAUGGCUUGCUCACGGUCCAGGCCGGUCCCCAGCGCGUGUUGGCGCCGACACAUACUGUCGAUAUCGUCGGGACGACGACGAGCAAAAAGACGGUGUCAAAGAAGAAGAAGGGUAAGCAAAGCUUCAAUCUUCCGAGCGCGACGAACCCAGAGCAGGCAGCCAAAUCGUCGUCCUCAUCGUCCGAUAAUCUCGCCGCUUUACAGGCAAAGUUUGGAAAGAAAAAAUAA